AAGCAGUUUCCAUACUUCUUUUUCGUUAUAUUUAUUAUAAAAAAAAAUCUGAAAAGAGAAGAAGAAACCGAGGAGACAUUGAAAACUCCCAUCUAUCUACCUUUUUUUAUCUUCUUCCCCCAUCUCUCUCUCUCUCUCUCUCCCAAAGUUGAACCUGCAAAUCCCUAAACCAGUCUGUGUAGUCCAAAGUAUAUUGAAAAGCAUUAAGAAGGAAGCAUGAGUUGGUUCCCUGAGGAGGAAUUCAAAGGUCUUUCAGACAGUUUCUUUGAUGAUAUCAUCAACCAUAUCAACUUUCCACUCGAAGACACCACCACAGGCGAGGGAGGAGAAGAUUGGGACUCCAAGUUUCAACACCUCGAGCCUCCUCCCAUGGAUUUGUUUACUACUUUUCCCUCUGAGUUCACAUCCUAUCAUGUCACUAACAAGGAGGUUGCCCCUGUACCUCUAUUGUCCAGCACUCUCCAACAAUCUUCAUCACCUCCCGACAUCAAAGUCUCUAAGCUAUUCCAGUCUUCAAGCCCUGUGUCAGUACUCGAGAGCAGUGACGCUUCUUUCUCUCCGCAGAACUUAAUAUCUCAGAGUUUGACUUUCCCUGUGAAAGGCAUGAGAAGCAAGCGCAAGCGGCGCCCCACAACACAUAGAUUCAGAUACCUUCACCCGUUUGAACCACGUAAGCUCGAGACGACUUACUACUCUUCCGAGCAACAGGCCAAGAAGAAACGCAAGACCAGCAGCCUCCACACAGAGGCGAGUAGCUAUGAUGGGAUAGUGAGGAAAUGCACUCAUUGCGAGACCACCAAGACUCCUCAGUGGAGGGAAGGGCCCGAUGGACCGAAGACCCUCUGCAACGCUUGCGGGGUCCGGUUCAGGUCUGGCCGUCUGGUUCCGGAAUACAGACCAGCCUCGAGCCCGACCUUCGUCCCAUCUCUGCAUUCAAACUCACACAGGAAGAUCAUAGAGAUGAGGAGAAAGGAAGGUGAUGAGUUCGACGCCAGCAUGAUUCAGUCGGUGAUAUCCGGAGCAUAAAAACAAAGAAGGGCAGUGCAGUUUUUGAGUUUGGAAACUAAUGAACUCACUGCAAGAAGAGAGAUGGUAUAAAAAAGAAGGUAGAGGUUAGUGAGUAUUAUAAAAUCUUAUGAAGAGAGUAUUAGGGGGGGGGGGGGGGGGGGGGUUUAGUUUAGGUCUAUUACAUAGAGUGGCGUCUUGUUAUGUGUUUUUUUAUGUUGUCUGUCUCUCUCCCAUUUUGCAAGCAAUAUGUUUGCAGAAGAAUGUAUUUGUCUUUGGUUUAGCUCUUUUGAAUAACAUUUAUUCUUUUAUUCUUCCAGUGUUAUACCUUCUUCAUCUUUUUCUUAUUAACAUGAUUUGCAUUAGUUGAA